GAGGACAUCGAGUGGCCAAUGGCUCUGUCCGUCCAAACGAACGACCCCGCCUUAUUCUUUUCUGCUCUCGCCAUGUCUUGUGUUCACCUGCCUGAAACGCAUGAGUUCAGUCCACAGAAAAAUCCUUUCUUCUUCCGCUGGCUCUCGUCCAAGUGUGUGGAAUAUCUUAACAAGUCAUUGCAGAAUCCCUCACGCGCUUGCAGCGAUGGAACUUUGGUUGCAGUGACAUUCAUCUCUUUCUGCGAGAGUAUGGCUGGCAACCACCGUAUAGCCGCCACAGUCCAUCAACCAGGAUUGCGACAUAUGGUUAACACACGUGGCGGUUUGGAGUCAAUCGCUAAAGAAUCCGCUGUCGGCGAGAGAGUCACCAAGGCGAUUUCUGCUCUCGAUAUUGUCGUGGCUUCCAAGUUUGGUUGCGUUCCAAUAUUCGAAGAC